ACCAUUGCUAAAGUGAUCAUGUGGAAAUUAAGUUAACAAAUUGGAACACGUGUACCCGCCAACUUUUUCGUCUAUUUUGCUUGUCAUAAAAGUUUGUUUUGCCGAGAAGAAGCGCUGUUCGUUCAGUGACGAUGGCAAAAGCAAUAAUUGAUGUAUUAAUGUUAACCUUCCUGAUGAACAAAGUGACAUUCUCAUUUGGAAAAUUAACCACAUUUGCCGGACCGGAAACUCAUCUCUAUUAUGUUGGCAAAGAUGAUUGGAAAAGAAGAGUGGCAUGUCUUUCAGAAGAUGAUGGAAGCGCCUUAGUGUGGAACAUCAAUGAAACUAUCGACAUAAACGCGAGAAAAUUUCUUAAUACAUGCAACUUACCAAACAACCAGAUAGAUUGUGAAAUGGACGAUUUCAAUGGCUGUUUGACUCGAUGGAAUCGAAAGUAUUGGAAAUUUACAAAUUCCAUCGAUACACCUAUGGGUCUGGUGUUCGACGAACGAUGGGAAGCAUUCCGGGAGGCGAAUUUCAUUGGUGGUCUGACCUAUCCAAUGAAUUAUUUAGUUACAUCGCUUAAUUCGAGCACAAUAGUGAUCCCUUUUUCGAUAAAGGCGGUAAAAGAUGUAUAUAUACUGAUUUGUAACUCAAAUGAAAAUAAUUUCUGCUACUGGGUCAUCAUAGGCGGUUGGAACAAUACUAAAUCAGCUAUCCGAAAAUGUCCGAAUGGGGUGCCUAACAUAGGAACAUAUCCAGAUUCAUAUUGUGCAAUAGAACGUGCCAAACUAAUACACACACCAUUAAAUAAGUAUGAAUGGCGAUCAUUUGUUCUUACGUGGAAUUUUGAGACGCAAGAAAUAUCUCUCUACGGCACUAAUCAACUGCUUAUGACAUAUACAAACACAAAAAGUAAUCAUUUAAAUUUCGCACGCAAAAAUGUGCUCAUAAGAAGUCCUGUAUCAAUGUUAAUCCGAUUUCACCGAUAUACUUAUCUUUACACUACUACACAGAAUGCAAUCUUAACGAGUAACACGUUUAUUUUGAAUACUAAUGUUAUAUGUUUACAAAUAUUAAUCGGUCUCUGCGCAGAAUGCGAUGCAGAUAUAUUGUUGCGCAAUUCCAUUACUAAUGAAAUCCUGCAUACAGUAACCGUAAAGGGCUCGUCAGUGGUGGCUGUUCAUGGCUUGCCCAUGUGGCAGUCCGUCAAAAUCAUGGUAAAUUCAACGAACAGUUAUAACGGCUGGAAAAUUGUAGUAAUUCCAAAACUCAACAAACAAAAUUUAAAAAAUUUUAAUCCGAUGUGGGCAAUAGCAAAUGUUCGUCAAUGUUUCCAAAAAGAGUGCUUAAGACAAAGCGUCAUAUCUAUUCCUGUGGACCUCGAUGAUACGUCAUUGACCUGUCAAAAAUUGUUUUACGAAGAACAAUCUGUCGUAUAUCCUUUACGCACAUCAAAUGUAAACGUGAAAUUAGGUGACAAGAAUUGUCGUCUUGGAUAUGUUGGACCGACAUGUCAGUUAAAUUGUAAAGAAACACUAGGAACUGAAACUGAUUGUGAAAAAGUUAUAAUUUGUUACAACAAUGGCUGUACUUGUCCAUUUGGAUAUAUGGGAACUAAAUGUAACAAAUCUUGUAAUAUAGGCACAUACGGACAUGCUUGUGAAGAGAAGUGUGGUUCAUGUCUGGAUUCUAUAUGUGACAGAGCAACUGGAGAGUGCAAUUAUGGGUGCAAAAAUACAACAAAUUACACUUACGUACCACGUUUGUGUCAAAUAGGUAUUCGCACACCGGAAAAAAUUAAAAUCAUUUUUACAAAUUACACGGCUGUUAUAGCCACUGUACCGAUGAAGUGGGAGAAAAAAUACGAAGAAGUGGAGCUUUCAUAUUUUUUCGAAAUUGAAACAUCAGACAGUAUAUUGGUGGGUCAACAAGAACAAAAGAGAAUAUUUAAAAAUACUACAGAUUUGAUAGGCAUCUUUACACACUUGGAAUAUGCCGCAAAGUAUCGAAUUUCAUGUAUUAUCUCGGUUGCUGAAUUGCAAAUACGUGGCACCUGGAAAACUGUGAAUACGGAUUGUAAUCCUACUACAACCUUUUACGUAACGACCAAUAUAACAAAUAUAAUGAUUGACAUAAGAGAGAAUGAAAAUGAAACAUAUCCGUGCCCGAGGAAUUCGUAUGAUGUGCAGUUAAAUAUUAAUGAUAAUCAAAUAGCAGCAGGACGAAUUAUAACUUUUCCAUUUAUAUUCUUUGAGUUAAUUCCAUACGAGUCUUACAAUGUGACAAUAAGCCAUAGAAAUAAGAAUGUAUUUUCUGAGGAAGUUCGUACACUCGAAGGCGUUCCAUCGGAAGUAUUAAAUAUUCAAGCGACGCCGUUAUCAAGUUCGCGAGUUUUUUUAUUUUGGACACCGCCAGUGGAACCAAAUGGAGUAAUAAAGGAAUAUGCCGUGUACUUGAGGAUUAAAGAAUAUUUUGGCUGCCGGGAUUAUGAAAUACGUAUAGUGAAUGGUGGCACUAUUAUAGAAACGACAGAUAAGACGGAAAUCACACUUUCUGGAUUGCACGCAUAUGCAAUGUAUGAUGUGGAAAUUGAAGCGAGAAAUUUUAAAUAUGCAAGCAAACCAGCAAAGACGAUGUUUCAUAUGAAUGCAUCGGAGAUACCAGCAGUUGCAUUUACUAAACUAAAAAUACAAAAUUGGACAUUAUCGUGGAGCCCUCCUGAAGACUGUACAACGAUUUUGGGACCAUUAAGGCUGGCUAGAAUCGAAAUACAAGGGAUUAGUAACGAUGUUAAAAAUUUCAAAUUCACUGUGACCAAAAAUGCUGUACAUAAUUUUCUAAAUAUGCAAGAAGCAUUAUACGGCUCUGAACGAUACGUCGCCAAAAUUUUCGCACUAAGAGACAAAGGCCGGUUCAAUACCUCCAUUUACGAAGAAUAUGAGUUCGAAACUUUACCUAAAGCACCACCUAAUGUUAUCAACCUAGAAGUCGUCGAGAUCAAUAAUAAUGAAACGAUACAGUUGAGAUGGCAAAGUCCACUUGCACCUCAUAAUGGGUUAUUAAUUCGUUAUGGCAUAUUUUGGUGUAACUAUAAAAGUCAAAUGCAUUGCCUCGAAAUUGAAGUGGAAUUAAAUGAAUCUUGCGACUUGUGGGACAAUUACAUAUGUAAAAAUAUUAAUUACACGAAUGACGAGAUUCUAGUUAUAGCUUAUAACAUGAAUGUUUCUAAAGGAAGUUCUCCCGUUAAAGUAUCUAAGGAAAUGCUUCGUAAUCCAAUACUAGACCCACUUAACAAUUUCACCUUUACCAUCGGAAACAACAGUAUAGUCGAUUUAAAAUGGCUCCAUCCCUGGAGGACAGGUGGUCGUUUGGAUUAUUUUGACAUCUCAGUAGAGGAAAUUUGGUCCAAUUUGAGAAGCCGUACUUGGCGAUCUAUCAAAAGCAUGUCGUACAAGUUUAUUGUAACUAAUUACACACGUGUCUACAGCAAACGAUUAUAUUUACUACCGUCGACUCAGUACUCCAUUGCUGUCCAAGCUGUAACGAUAACGAAUAAAUCCAGUCACUCGAAUAUCGUGACAUUUCGAAUGCCUGCAACAACAAGUCUGGACAAUGAGCUGUUAGUUAAAUCGGAAUUGAACAAUUCGACAAUACAAUUAUGGAUACCAAAUGUGUUGAAUGAUACGCGCGAUAACAUGAUCCAUAUCAUAGUAGUAGGUCGUAAUCUCUGCCAAUAUCCAGAGUUAUCCAAAGAUCUGUUGGAUCAAAUGGGUCUAAAAAUGAACGAAAAUGUUUGGCAGGCUGCUGAGGGCCCGACUGAUCAGAUGGCCGGUACGGUAAUCACAAUCGGCGGGAAUGAAACUGCAAACUGUUCCCUGAUACGUGGAGAGAUGUAUGAACUAAUAAUUGUCAUAACAGAUCGUAACUUGACCGGCGAGCAAAUUAUAUUUACGGAAAGAAAAUCGAUUCUCUUUGAUAGCAACCCAUGGAUAUAUCAUUUAACUUGGACUAUACCUAUUAUAAUAAUUCUCGCUAUAUCCAUUGUUGCUUUUUAUUUCUACAGAAGGCGUCGGAAUAUUACAAAAUUUGAAGAAGGAAUUUUAAAUUUAGAGUACCUAGAACUAUACCAUGUUUUGCAAACGAAAAGUGCUGUGAGUUCAAUAACAAUGUCGAGAACAAUAAUUGAUAUAUUAGUGUUAAUUUUUUUGGUGAGCCAAGUAACGUAUACUUUCGGGAGAUUAACCACAUUUAGCGGACCGGUAUAUAGUGACGAAAGAAAAGUGAUAUGUCUUUCAGAAGAUGAUGGAAGCGCCUUGACGUGGAAUACCGAUUCAAUCUAUGAUUGGCACCAAAAGCCUAUUAUCGACAGAAACGCGAAACAAUUUCCUAAUACAUGUGACUUGCAAUAUAGUCAAAUAGAUUGUAAAAUGGACGGUUCCCAUGACUGUUUGUCUUUUUGGAACAGACAGUAUUGGGAGCUUACAAACUCUAUCAAUACACCUAUGGGUCUGGUGUUCGAUCAACGAUGGGAAGCAUUCGAGGAAAAUAAUCUCAUUGGUGGUCAAACCUAUCAAGUUAUAUCUUAUGAUAAUUCGACCACAAUAGUAUAUCCGUUUUCAAUACGGGCGGUAAGAGAUGUGCAUAUACUAAUCUGUAACACAGAUGAAAAUGAUUUGUGUUACUGGGUCAUAAUAGGCGGUUGGAAAAAUACUAGAUUUGUUAUCCGAAAAUGUCCGGAUGGGGUACCUAUCAUAGGAGGAUUUCCACGUGCAAAUUCGGAUUGCAUAAUAGAACGUGCCCAUCUAAAUCGCACAGCAUUGCACGAGUACGAAUGGCGAUCAUUUAUUCUUACGUGGAAUUCUGAGACGCGAAAAGUAUCUCUCUACGACACUGAUCAACUGAUUAUGACAUAUACAGACGACGACGAAGACAAUGAUAAUAAGAUACAUUUCGCUCCCAAAAAUGUGUUCAUAAGAAGUCCUGUAUCAAUGUUAAUCCGAUGUCACCGAUAUAAUUAUCUUUACACUACUACCCAGGAUGCAAUCUUAACGAGUAACACGUUUAUUUUGAAUACUAAUGUUAUAUGUUUACAAAUACUAAUCGGUCUCUGCGCAGAAUGCGAUGCAGAUAUAUUGUUGCGCAAUUCCAUUACUAAUGAAGUCCUGUAUACAGUAACCGUAAAGGGCUCGUCAGUGGCGGCUAUUCAUGGCUUGCCCAUGUGGCAGUCCGUCAAAAUCAUGUCAAAUUUAACGACGAACAGUUAUGUCAACUUGAAAAUCGUAGUGAUUCCAAAACUCAAUUUAAACAAUUUUAAUCCUAUAUGGGCGAUAGCAAAUGUUCGCGAAUGUUUCCAAAAAGGGUGCUUAAGACAGAGCGUCGUGUCCAUUUCUCAAGAUUGGAUCAGAGGGCGCGGUUAUUUCUGGCCUGAAGUGAACUGCCAAAAAUUGUUUUACAAAGAACAAUCUGUCGUAUAUCCUUUAGAACGGCCAGAUCUAAGUGUGGAAUUAGAUAAUAAAAAUUGUCCUCGUGGAUAUCUUGGACCGGCAUGCCAUUUAAAUUGCAAAAAUAUAUUAGAAAGUCAGUAUGACUGCAAGGCUGUUGUAAUUUGUCACAACAAUGGCUGUACCUGUCCACUUGGAUAUGUAGGACCUAAAUGUGGUGCAUCUUGUAAUAAAGGUUUAUAUGGCCAUGCCUGUAAAGGGAAAUGUGGCUCAUGUCUGCAUUCUACAUGUGACAGAGCAACUGGAGAGUGUACUAACGGGUGCAGAAAUACGAAAAAUUAUACUUACGUACCACAUUUGUGUCAAAUAGGUAUUGGUAAACCGCAGAAAAUUCAGAUCGCUUUUAUGAACCAAACAACUAUCGUAGUCACUGUACCAAUGAAGUGGGAGGAACAAUACGAAAAAGUGGAGCUUUCAUAUUUUUUCAAAAUUGAAAUGUCGGGCGAUAAAGUGAAUCAAGAACCGAAGAGAAUAUUUGAAAAUACUACAGACUUAAUAGGUAUCUUUACAAACUUGAAUCCUGGCACAGCUUAUAAUAUCCUAUGCGUUUUCUCAGUUGACGAAUUGCAAACUUAUAGCUCUUGGGAAGUUGUGAAUACUGAUUGUGAUCCUAUCGCAACUUUCUCUGUAACGCCAAAUGAAACAAGCAUAAUAGUUGACGUGGAAGAGGGUGAAAAUCAACCGUAUUCGUGUCCGAUGAAUUCGUAUAGCCUGCAAUUGAAGCAUAAAGAUGAUCUAAUAGAUGAAACAAUACCAGGACUAAUAAUAUCUUUCCCAUAUAAGUUCUCUAACUUAACUCCAUACAAGUCUUACAAUGUAACUAUAAGCAGUAGAGAUAAGAACAUAUUUUCCAGGGAAGUUCGUACACUCCAAGGCGUUCCAUCGGAAGUAUUAAAUUUUAAAGCAACGCCGUUGUCAAGUUCGCGAGUUUGUUUAUUUUGGACACCACCACUGCAACCAAACGGAGUAAUAAAGGAUUAUGUUAUAUACCUGAGGAUUAAAGAAUAUUUUGGCUGCCGGGAUUUCGAAAUAUCUGCAACGAGUAAUGACACUAUUGUAGAAGAGACAGAUAAGACGGAAAUCACAGUUUCUGGAUUACAUGCAUAUGUAAAGUAUGAUGUGCAAGUUGUAGUGAGAAAUUCGGAAUAUGUAAGCAAAGCAGCAAGCACGACGUUUAAGAUGGAUGCAUCGGUGAUACCAGCAGUUACAUUUUCUCAACUGAGAAGGCAAGGCUGGACAUUGCUGUGGGGCCCUCCCAAAGAUUGUACAGCGAUUUUGGGACCAUUAAAAGUAGCUAGAAUCGAAAUACGUGGAAUUAGUAACGCUGUUCAACAUUUCAAUGUGACCAAGAAUACUGAACGCAAAUUUUUAAAUAUACAAGAUUUAUUACAUGGCUAUGAACGAUACGUCGCAAACAUUUUUGCUUUAAGAGGCUACAACCGUCAACUAAACAUUUCCGUUUUCGAACCGUAUGAGUUCGAAACUCCACCUAAAGCACCACCUAAUAUUACCAAUCUAGAAGUCGUGGAGGUAAAUAAUGGUAAAACGAUAUAUUUAAGAUGGCAAAGUCCUAUUGCACCUCACAACGGGAUAUUAUCUCGUUAUGGUAUCAUUGUGUGUAGCUAUAAAAUAUAUAAUGUGAAUGAAGGUCAAGUUCAAUGCCCCGAAGUUAAGGUGGAGUUACGUGAAUCGUGCGACUUUUGGGAAAAUUAUAUAUGUAAAAGUUUUCCCUACAAAACUGGUUAUAUUCAUGUUGUAGCUUAUAACAUGAAUGUUUCUGAAGCAAGUCGUCCGGUUGAAGUCACUGCGGAAAUGUUUUUCAACACAACACCGGAUCCGCCUAGCAAUUUCACCUUUACCAUCGAAAACAACAGCGUAAUCGAUUUGAAAUGGCUCCAUCCCUGGAGGACAGGUCGUCCUUUGAAAUGUUUUGCCAUCACGGUAGAGAAAAUUUCGUCAAAUUUGAGAAGCCGUGCUCGGCGAUCUACCGAGAGCAUGCCGCACAAUUUCGUUGUAACUGAUUACAUGCGUAUCUACAGCGAGCAGUUAUAUUUAUUACCGUCGACGCAAUACAACAUUUCUAUUAAGUCUGUGACAACAGAGGGCAAGGAGAGUGAGACAAGAAUUUUGAAUAUUCGGACACCUUCCACUGUAAAUUUCAAUGGCAAUGUGACGUUCAACGCGUACGAGUUUGAUUCCACGAUUGCAGUCGAUAUUCCGUAUAUCGUAAACAAUACGCGCAAAAGCAUGUUGUACAUUAUAGUCAAUGGGCCUUCUCCUUGCGAAAAUUAUAUACGACCGCAUGAGGAUUUGUUGAAGGAAGCAGGUGUGCAAGACGGUUGGCAGGCUGUUGCGCUUCCGUCGAGCAUUGCGUCCAGAGGCAAGGUGUUCACGCUCGGCGGUAGCGAGACUUAUGGUGAUGCAACAUCCAACUGCCCAUUGAAGUCUGGAGUGUCGUAUGAUAUAGCAGUUAUUAUAAAGGAGCCGAAUUUUCCUUAUAAUUCAUUCACGAUCACGAGAAAAACGUCGAGUGGGAUCAUCAUCGGAAUGAAACCGAAUCAUCCUGAAUCCUGGCUGGUUCCCAUUCUAAUCAUUUUCGUCGUCAUAGCUGUAGCUGUAUACUUCUACCAAAGGAAACGGCAGAAAACGAACAAACAACUAAAGUUGCAAGAUGAAAUGGUUCUAUCGCAGAACAUUGAAACUUAUGAUCACGAUACAAAGUCCAUGAUGUCAAACUCGAAGCAGGCCCCCUCAACUCCGUCUGAUAGGCAAUCCCUAUCGCGGGCAACCACUCCGGAAGUGUCGACAAUCACACUCGAGAAUAACGAUGAAGAAAAGGAAGUGACAUCAUUGGUAAAAGUAAAGGAUUUCGAGGAUUACGUCAGACAAGCGAUAGAGUCGGGAUUGUUGGACAAGCAAUAUGAGACAUUUCCAAGAGGGCAAACGCAGCCGUGGGAAUACGGAAAACUGCCACAAAAUAAAACCAAGAAUCGAUACGGGAACCUCAUAGCGUAUGACGAAACUCGCGUGAUACUGAAGAAACUUCCGGACGACACUUAUUCCGAUUACAUCAAUGCCAACUACAUCACCGGUUACAAGAAGAAGAAGCGUUACAUAGCAACGCAAGGGCCCAAGCCCAGCACGGUCGUAGAUUUUUGGCGCAUGAUCUGGCAGGAGAAGGUUCUCAUUAUUUGCAUGCUCGCAAACGUGGUAGAAAAUGGAAAGACAAAAUGCGAGCAGUACUGGCCGGACAUUGGUAAAAAGAAAAAGUACGGCGAAAUCAUCGUCCUAAAUGCAACGCAUAACGUUUUCGCCGAUUAUUGCUUCCGAACUUUGCACAUCACUUACGGAAAGGAAACUCGAAAGGUGGAACAUCUGCAUUAUACGGCUUGGCCUGACCACGGCGUGCCGUUGUAUACACAUUCCGUAGUGACAUAUUUGAAGAAGCUAUUGGCGACACCGCCCGGAGACGGACCCGUAGUGGUCCAUUGCAGUGCUGGAGUUGGGAGGACCGGGACUAUCGUUUUAUGCGACAUUUGUCUUCACCGGGCAGCAGCCGAAGGGGUGGUCGACGUCUUCGCUGAAACGGCAUCUAUCAGACGUGAGCGAGCGAACAUGGUGGACAAUAAGCAACAAUACCUGUUAGCACACUUGGCGUUGGUAGAAUGUUUACUCACUAUCCCGACUACCUUGCCUUGCAACGAAACAUUGCCGACGCGAAUCAAAGUGUUGAAGAAGCAACUGCCGGCUCAACAGCAACGAUUACAGAGCACUGCGUGGCAGGACGAAGCUCUACGACCAGUUACGUCUCCGCCGUCAUUAUCGGAGCGUAAUCGGGCAAAAAACAGAUUUCCCGAAUUGAUCUCAGGCAAGGUGAGCAGAAUAUAUUUGAAAAGGUAUCCAGCAUCGGACGAAGACAGCGAUUAUCUGUCCGCUGUUUAUGUGGAUGGCGUAAAACUUCAGAACCAAUACCUAGCCACACAGCUUCCCAUGCCAUCGACGAUCAACGACUUCUGGAGGAUGAUUGCUGAAUUCAAAGUGGAACUCAUCGUCAUGCUACAACCGCCUGAUCCUGAUGAUUCGACCUGUUGCACGAUUGCUCCCGCGAGCGGUGAAUUUAAACCGACGCCGUACCUAAACAUCACGGCGAAGGAAAUCGUGGAGUCGGAGAAUUACACGUCGCAAAAAUUGCUGCUCGUUGAUAAUUCGGAGAAACCUUCAAGAGAGCAAUCCGUGACCAUAUUGUGCUGCACGGAAUGGAAACCCGGGAGGAAUCAAUCGCCACCAUCGGUCAUGACGAUGGUGACGUUCUGGCAAGCUACGGAGAGAAUCGCGAGAGGCGACGGGCCUACUGUCACGCUUUGCCACGACGGUGUCACCGGGUGCGGUCUUUAUUUAGCACUGAGUUUUAUGCUGGAGCGCAUGGCGGUCGAGAGAGAAUGCGACGUCUGUUUGGCGGUGCGGGCAGUUAGACGAUCGAGGCCGGAUUUUGUUCGAUCUCUGGAACAACUGGAAUAUCUUUACGACGCCGCGAUGACGUAUCUGGAGUAUUUUGAAACAUACGCGAAUUUCUCGUGAGAUAAAAAUACAUUGCCGCCACUGUGCGAGAUGGUUAAUUAAGUUGUUCUCUCUAUAUAUUACAGUUUAAUUUAUAAAAAAAUAUAUAAUUUAUAAAAAAAAUAAUAUCAAUCGCGCAAUAUAUAGUCGUGCACAAUUAUAUAAUCAAUAAAAUA